UUCUUGCCAAAAAAAAAAAUAUUAAUGCCUAAGUUGUUUUGUUAUUUUUAAAUUACUAUUAUGUUAUGUUAAAAGGUAGCAUGUGUUAUUAAAAAUAAGAUGGAUGAAUAAAAAGGAGAUUGAAAAUAUAGAGACAAAAUGAAUAAACUCAAAUCUUCACAAAAGGAGAAAGUAAGGCAAUUUAUUGCGUUUACUAAUACUGGAGAAAAAACUGCCAUCAACUGCUUAAAUAUGCAUGAUUGGCGCAUGGACAUAGCCACUGAUAACUACUUUCAACAUCCAGAAAGGUAUUACAAAGAAACUAAGACAUCGACAGAUAGAAAAAAACUUACACAAUUAUUCGAAAAAUAUAAAGAUCCACACGAAGAUAAAAUGCUGGUCAAUGGUUUAGCAAAGUUUUGUGAGGAUAUUCGAUUAGAUCCAGCAAGUUUCGAAGUCUUGCUUAUUUGUUGGAAAUUUAAAGCUGCCGUGCAGUGUGAAUUUACAAGAAAAGAAUUUUUUGAUGGAAUGACAGAAUUAGGAUGUGAUAAUUUAGAUGCACUAAGAAGGAGGCUACCUAGCGUGGAGCAGGAGUUAAACGAUCCUUCGAAGUUUAAAGAUUUAUAUCAAUUCACAUUCAACUUUGCCAAAAACGUUGGUCAAAAAUGUCUAGAUUUAGAAAUGGCGAUAGCAUACUGGAAUAUUGUUAUGAAAGGACGCUUUCGGUUUCUUGACUUAUGGGUGCAAUUUUUAACAGAAAAUCAAAAACAUUCUAUUCCAAAAGAUACUUGGAAUUUACUGCUCGACUUUUCACUGAUGAUAUCAGACGAUAUGUCAAAUUAUGAUGAAGAAGGUGCAUGGCCAGUAUUAAUAGACGACUUUGUAUCGUGGGCUAAAUCUCGCCUGCAAAGCAAAAAGACUACUUUGGUCUGAAUUCACUAUUGUCAAUGCGUCGAAACGCCUAUCGCGAAAAUAAAGAAUACAUCUAUUCAUCAUCCACUGCCUUUUUGUAAAUAAAACGCCACUACAAGAACGAGUUGUUUUUUUCUGUUUUUAAUCGUAGCAGAAUUAUGAAAGAAAGUUAUUGCUGGACCGUUUUGAAAAAUUUUCUAUGGAAUUUUAGUUAUCGAAAUUUACUGUUGUAGUUCUUUGUAUAAAAUACAAUUUUAUUUUCAUC